GUUGAUCUUUUGCCGUAGAAACUUUUUUUUCCCCCAUAAAAAAUUUAGGUUUUUGCUCUUAGUUAUAAUCUAGAUGAGUAUAUAAUUUGAGUUUUCAUUAUAUUUUUCACUAAAAAUGAUUUUGGUUUUACCAUGUAGAAACGCGGGAACAAAUUGGGUCCUUAAUUUUUGAGACACUUUUUUAAUUCCCGUCAUCAUUUUUUGGCCGCUAAACUUUGGCGGUUCAUCUGGCUACUUUCACUUCCAUCAAAACCUCCUCCAAAGGGUUUCUUCGUACGGAAUUUUAAAGUCUGUAUAAGAAUACCAGUAAUUUAUGAUAAAAUCUGCCGGUUUUGCUCAAUUCCAAAGCUUUGCACUCCUCAGAAGGUUUGCUGUGAAUGUAAAGGGUUCUAAAGUUGAUUAUUUGAGGUUUAAGAAGAUGGGUUCUAAGAGGCUUCUCUCCAAAUCAUCAUCUGCUGCGGUGAAAUUAAGUGACCCGGAAGGUGAUGUGGAUGACGGUGGUGGUAGAAAAGAAAUGCUCAAGAUUGAUGCAGAUGAAAUAGAGAAAAUGACAGUCAAACAACUACGAGUUAAACUAAAGGAUGUGGGAGUUCCAACCAAAGGUUCAAAGAGUGAACUUGUCUCUGCCUGGAUGAAUUUUUUGAACAAGCAAGUAGAUGAUCCGGUGUCAUCUCCAGUCAUACCUACAAAAAGCUAUGUUGAAAAUGUUCCAGAUGAAAAACCUAUUUCAGAGAUUUCUCAACUCAAAAGGGCCAAGAGAAAAGCUGCAGAACUCCUUGCUGGGGACAACAAUGUUGAAAUUAAGAAUAUGCAAUCCAUCAUGCAGCAAGAGCAAUCUCUUGAAUCUUCUAAGUUGACAGGAACAAAAUCAAUUCAGAAAAAAGGAAAAGCCUUGUUAGAAGUUACUUACUCGAAGAUUGAAAAUGCUCAAUCUCUCUAUUCUUCUGGAGAACCUUGGGCAGUUCUUGCUCAUAAGAAGCCUCAAAAAGGGUGGGUGGCUUACAAUCCAAGGACGAUGAGGCCACCUCCUCUUACUAAUGAUAUUGAGCAUGUCAAAAUAAUGUCCUGGAACGUGAAUGGGUUAAGAGCUUUGCUAAAGUUAGAGGACUUCUCUGCCCUGCAACUCGCUCAAAGAGAGGAUUGUGAUGUGCUGUGCUUGCAAGAGACCAAACUCCAGGAGAAAGAUGUUGAGGCGGUUAAGACUCUCCUUGAAGGUUAUGAUAAUAGUUUCUGGACAUGCAGUGUUGCAAAGCUUGGGUACUCUGGAGCCGCAAUCAUUUCACGGAUAAAACCACUUUCUGUCAGAUAUGGUAUGGGAAUAUCAGAUCACGAUGCUGAAGGGCGGCUUCUGACUGCAGAGUUUGACAAGUUCUAUUUGCUAUGUGGAUAUGUGCCUAACUCCGGUGAUGGUCUGAAGCGACUGUCAUACAGAAUAACGCAUUGGGAUCCCUCUCUCAGCAACUAUAUGAAAGAACUUGAAAAAACAAAACCUGUUAUUUUGACGGGGGAUUUGAACUGUGCUCAUGAAGAAAUUGACAUUUAUAAUCCUGCUGGAAAUAAGAGAAGUGCUGGGUUCACGAUCGAAGAAAGACAAUCCUUUGAGUCUAACUUCUUGAAUAGGGGUUUUGUGGACACCUUCAGGAGGCAGCAUCCUGGUGUUGUUGGUUAUACUUAUUGGGGGUAUAGGCAUGGUGGACGCAAGACAAAUAAAGGGUGGAGGCUGGAUUACUUCCUUGUGUCGGAAUGUAUUGCAGACAAGAUCCAUGACUCGUAUAUUCUCCCGGACAUUGCUGGGAGCGACCACUGUCCUAUUGGUCUUAUUGUGAAACUCUAGGACAACCUGGCGAUUUCCUGGCAUACUAUGAUGGUAGAAGGUUAGCAUUUUGGUAAGGAAUGUUUUGUUCUAGAUACGCUGAUAAUUCUCCUCGGUCGGAAAUGGAAAAAAAAAAAAAAAGAAGUUAUAUUAGCGAAUCGAGUAGUAUGAUAUGUAGUAGUCUUCCGUAUAAAAUAAAACAAAAGAAAUCCACGAUCUGUAUCUGCCCGAAGUACGUAUGAAACCCGAACCACCCCCAAACCGCUGCGGAGAUCAUGUAGAAGUAGAACCCUAGAACAUAUGGAGGGAUUCAACUAUCUGCCAGAACAUACAUCUUCAUGAUGAUCAUCCAAAAUCUAGGCAGUCAAAAUUCAGCUGCGUUUCAAAAUAAUGGCAUGUUUCUGAUCCGAAACCCGAAUUUUGGUCACAGCACUUCAACAACCCCAACAAAAGCCGUCAAGACAUCCGUGUGAUAUUCCUCUGGUGGUGGUCGAAGAACAACAUCGACAGAGGGGUGCGACGAGUUAUUUCUGAAAAAAAAAAUUUAAAAAGAGGCUCGUGUGUGUAUCGAUCUCUAACAAGAGUAUAUGGUGCAUUACAGAGAAGAAUAAAUGAACACCGGGAUAAUAAGACUUCAGAGUCCGAAGGUGAAGGAAACAUGGAUUAAUUAGUUCAGCUGUUUCCUUGUUCUUUUAAAUGUCCAAUUAAGUCAGUUUAACUACGAAAAGUAUUUCUGAAAACCACUCAGAAACGGCAGCUGUACUAAAAUGGAAAUCAAAGGAACCUUGGUCGAUGAGACAAUGUCUUAUGGUAUAGUUUAGUCAUAUAUGCCUUGUAGUUUUGUACCAAAAUAAAGAUGCAGCAUAUUCUUAAAAGAUUUGAGGGUUUAUUUCAUAUGCUUUCCGCGUCUUAUAAAAGUAGUUCGUCUCGAACAAUUUGAUGAAGAUUAUUUUUCUAAAACGUAGAAAUUAUGAAUAUAUCAGUUAUUAUUUCCGUAUUCUUUUAAU